AUGCAGUCCUUUUACGACGACACGCUCGGGACUGGUUUUCAAAUCCAGCCGUCCGUCAGCCUUACCAUCAAUGAUUUCAAAAUGUGGCUCGAUAUUCUAAGUAACAGUGGUCAAGCCUUUUUCGGAGGUGUGCCCGCUCGCUUGCCGACCUCCGAACCAGGUUCAAACUUUCAUCCCAGUUCCCUCCGACCUCCGAAGCUCAGCCCUUUCAUCACUUCUCACAAAAUUCAACCACCUGCCUUUCAUCUUCAGUAUCUCAACAUGGCUCGAACCAAGCAAACUGCCCGCAAAUCCACCGGAGGAAAGGCUCCCCGAAAGCAACUGGCCACCAAGGCUGCCCGAAAGAGUGCCCCAGCCACUGGAGGAGUCAAGAAGCCUCACCGAUACCGUCCUGGAACUGUCGCCCUCCGAGAGAUUCGCCGCUACCAAAAGUCCACUGACUUGUUGAUUCGCAAGUUGCCCUUCCAACGUCUUGUCCGUGAGAUUGCCCAGGAUUUCAAAUCUGAUUUGCGAUUCCAAGGAUCCGCUGUACUAGCUCUUCAAGAAGCCGCCGAGGCAUACUUGGUUGGACUGUUUGAGGAUACCAAUCUCUGUGCCAUCCACGCGAAGCGUGUCACCAUCAUGCCCAAGGACAUUCAGUUGGCCAGACGAAUCCGCGGAGAACGCUCCUAA